AUUAAUAUUUUCCUCCAAGCAUUGAAGGCUUACUGGCUUAUCAAGGGUCCAAUCGCCUUUUCUCCCAGGGCUAGACUUUCCCGGUGGGUGGCUUAUUUAGGCGCCUGCAUUUCGACAGAUGGAGAUGGGACUAUCUUACUGUCCAGAUUGACUUUUGAACUUUUAUUCCCUCCUUUGCCCUGGUUGGAGGCACCUGAACGGCCAUUCAUCGUGAACAAUGAAUGGACAUCAGCCAACUGCGCCUCAUGCCGAGCAGUAUUGUAAUCCUUGGCUGUCAGCAGGCGGAUGAAAGGAUCACCGUCAAAGAGACAAACAACAUCUGUCUCACCUUUGGCUUGAAUUAUGAAAAUGAGGCAUGCGAAAGUGUAGCCAGUCAGCCAGAGAAUCGAUUUAGAAUGGAGAAACGAAUGGAGCCCGCGAAAUUGGAUGGACCGUUUCGCUCCAUCUGGCUGUGGGUUUGCCGGACCACUUCGGUGUCAGAGGAUGUAGGUACGUAGUGGAUGCGUACCUCGUGCUGGUACACAGUCGUAUUCCACUGCAAAUUUGCACUAGCGAAGUCAUCGUCAUUGCCAAUCCGCCAGAUUCCGCCCAGACUCCGACAUCCGAGUGAUCAUCAUCGGUACUGAUGAA